AUGAGGCGAAAAAUUGUAGACGAAGCACAAGUUGAUUCAAUGCAAGAAGAGGAGGAAGACGAAGAGGAGGAAGGCUUUGAAGUGGGAAAUUAUGGAAUGGAACGAAUGGAGACUGAUUUAGUAGAAGAUGGAAGACUUUGAAGGGGGAAAUUAUGGAAUGGAAGGAAUGGGGGAAGCUGCUUUUGGAGAAG